GAGACAUCUGCUACACACUGUCCUUUGGCCUGGAUGACCUCAUAUAAAUCCCCUCCUGUUCUAAUUCACUGCCCACAGCCCUGCUGAUAAAAGCAAAGCUCAUCUCUGCCCUGCUGCAGGGAACCCUAUUUCCUUCCCCUGCAGCUCAGCCACCUCCUCCUCUCAGGUCUGCCAGCCAUGAAACUUCUUUACCUGUUUCUUGCCAUCCUUCUGGCCAUAGAAGAACCAGUGAUAUCAGUAGAGUGUUGGAUGGAUGGACACUGCCGGUUGUUGUGCAAAGAUGGUGAAGACAGCAUCAUACGCUGCCGAAAUCGUAAACGGUGCUGUGUUCCUAGUCGUUAUUUAACAAUCCAACCAGUAACAAUUCAUGGAAUCCUUGGCUGGACCACUCCUCAGAUGUCCACAACAGCUCCAAAAACGAAGACAAAUAUAACUAAUAGAUAGAAAUGACUUUGUUUCAGGUUGCUUAGGGUCCACAUUUCAUUAAAACUCACAAAUUUGU